GGAGUGAGGCUGUGUGGUUUUGGUUUAGUUUACUUUAAUUUUUAUCCUAAUUUAGCAAUAUUACUUACUUUCCUGAAUACCUCUGUUGAGUACAGACGCUCCAAACUAUAAGUGCAUAAAAUCAGGGCACCUUUUUCUCAAAGUUUUAAAGAAAUUUAAUUUUAAAAUGCAAGAAACCGUUACAAACUCAAAUGAGAGGAAAUCUCUGUUUUCUUCUUUUUUGGAUGUCCUGGAGGCACGGGAUAAACAAGCUCAGGCUGAAAGACAAUUACAGGAAGAAAAAUAUCAACGACGAACUCAAAAAAUAUAUGAUUUUCACGAGCGUCAGCAGCGCGAGGCCGCGGAGCUGAGGCGCUGCCUGGACUACGUGUCGACGCACGCGCACGUGCUGGAGAGCGUGCUGCGCGGCGGCGACGCAGUGCCGCUGUCGGCCGCGCUCGUGCGCCAGGCGGCCGCGCUGCAGCGCUGCAUGGCGCAGUGCGUCGCCAACGCGGCGCGCAUCCGCCGCCUGCUCACCGCCGCGCACCAGCCGCAGAUGGACAACAUGCUCGCCAAGAUGGAAGCCGAGCUAAGCACGUGGACGGCGUUCCUGCAGCGCGCGGUGGAUGCCACUUAUAACACCGAGGUGGUCAUCGACAACCUGCACAAUAUGAUUGCUGAGCAGCGUCGCUGCGUCCGCGAAGUGUCAUCUAGUAGUGUGUUCACAUCGCUGUGCGGAGCGAGCGAAGCGGCGGGCGCGGGGGAGGGUGUCGCGGGGGAAGAGGAUGCCGGGGCCGGGGAUGGAGAGCGGGAGGGUGGGGUGACGUCCCCGCGGUCGCCGGUGGAGCGGCGGCUGGCGGCGGCGUGCAGCACGCCCAUCGCGCGCGACUAGCGGCGCUCGCUCGCGGCGCUGUGCUGCCGCCAAGUACCGCCAGUACCGCCAGUACCGCCAGUACCGCCAGUACCGCCCGCACCGCCCGCGCCCGCGCGCCCCACCCGCCACUCUCUAACCGCCGCCGCUCGUCAAUAUAAACGCUCCUCGAUC